AUGAAUAAAGUUAAACAAAUUGAAAAGCUUAAUCAACAGGAAUUAGAUCAGAACAUACAAUUUGAAGCAUCAUGGCAUCAGGAGUAUAGAGACUCUGCUUACAUCUAUAUCGGUUCUCUGCCAUACGAGAUUACAGAGACUGAUUUGCUUACAAUUUUCUCUCAAUAUGGCGUUCCAACCCAUGUGAAGCUCGCAAGAGACUAUGCCAAUGGUGGAAAAUCAAAGGGGUUUGCCUUUUUAAAGUAUGAAGAUUGGAGGUCUACUGCCCUGGCUGUAGAUAAUCUGAAUGGCAUCAAGAUUAAAGAUCGCACAAUAAGCGUUGAUCAUACAACAUAUAGGCCAGCAGUCUACCAGGAUGAGGAUGACGAAAGAAUGGAUAAGGAAUGGGAAGCUAUGGUCAGGAAGGAGAUGGAGAAGGACUUUGCAGAGGGAGUGAAAAACCAGGAACAGCCCCCAGCACAGCAUCACCUCAUAAGCGAAGGUCAAAAAGAGCAAAGCAAACAACAGACACAGAAUGACGACAAUGAAGAUGACGCUGAUUUGGAAGAUCCAAUGAAAAACUUUUUGAGCAAAGGUUGA